AUGGGAAGGGAAAAGUGGGCUAGGCUUUAUUGUCCAGUUAACCGAGCAUGGACAUUAACAUCAAAUAUUGCUGAGUCCAUUAAUGCAGCACUCGUAUCUGCUAGAGAAUUACCAAUAUAUGAUUUUCUGGAGGAAGUUAGGUUGAUGUAUGGACGAUGGAAUUUCACAAACCGACAAAAUGGUUCAUAUACAUUCACGACGCUUGGGAAAAAAUUUCAAGAAUUGCUGACCAUUAAUGAGAAUAAAACAACUCGCAUGAAGGUAAUUCCAUCAAUAGAAUACUUACACACCGUGAUUGAUGAAGGGAGGAGUUUCAUUGUGUGUAUUGCAAAGAAAACUUGUAGUUGCAAAAUGUUCCAAGUCGAUGAGAUUCCCUGCCCCCAUGCUUGGGCUGUUCUUAAGAUGAAAAAUCUCACUGUCGACAGCUACUGCUCAAACUUGUACAAACCAGAAAAUGUGAUGAAGACUUAUGAUAUCCCAAUUUAUCCAUUACCGGAUCAGAGUGAGUGGAAUGUGCCUGUAUACAUUUCAGAAGAAGUAGUGUUGCCACCGAGGUACAAGAGACCGCCUGGAAGGCCAAAAAAGAAGCGUGAUAAGUCUUUAUCUGAAUGGUUUUCAAAUACACGUACAAACUCAUGCAGUAGAUGUGGACAUGCAGGACACAAUAGGCGCUCUUGCAGGAAUGAGUCUAAAAGAAAGUAG